CACAGAGACAGAGAGCGAGAGAGCGUGUGUGUGUGCGUGUGUGUGCAUGUAUGUGUGAAAACACUGCGCAUGUGUGACUGUGAGGUGCACUGACUGGAGCAUACGGAGGAGGAGAAAGAAGAGUAAUGAACGGUGGCUGAGACGAGAGGAAAUGUAACAGCAGAAAAGAGGGAAAGAAGAGGAAGAAGAAGAAGAAGAAGGAUACAUGUUCACCUGAAGCAGAAGAAGGAACCGAGCAGGAAGAACAGAAGAAAAAGAGAACAAACAGCACAGACACUCAGGUCACUACACAGAAUAAGCUGAAUAAUUUGACAGGCUCAGCAGGAGGGUGAGAGAGAGAGGGAUGGAGAAAGAGAUACGAGAGAGAGACGCUAAGCCACAUCUCAGAGGAGAAGGAGCAAGGGUGAGAGAGUGAAGGACGAAAGGUACCAGAGAGGCAAGGAGGAGAGGAACAAGGGAUAAAAGCUGCCCAAGACAUGACGCAUACACCUUGCAACAGCUUCCUCCAUCUUACAUCUCCUCCAUCUUUCCUCCCUUAACCACUGCUUGUUGUUCACCCUGCUAGAAAUCAAAUGGACAGGAGAGAACAUCCUCCCAUCUGGUGAGGCAAAGAGACUGAGAGCUUUGGUUUAUCUUCAGCAUCAACAACGUCGACAACAACAACAUCUCAAACGCAAAAAAACUGGAACAGGAGCGAGGAGCCGAGAGAGGACCGGAGCAAAACAAGUGCGUAGACAGACAGGUAGAUGGACCAAAGGAAACCUGAGGAGACGUGAUGAGUCUGACAAACUGAAAAAGGGAGACAAGCACAGACGCAUACUUCAGACUUUUAUCACUUCUUCUGCUUAGUUGGGAGGACUGUCUGAAAGUACGAGAAAAAACAACUCUAACUCCCACCUCUGAGGAAUUCAGGAGCCUUGGAGCAAAGGAGUCAUUCCAGCAGCCUUCUGGAGACACCUCCCAAAAAAAGACCUCCUCCCACCUUCUUAUCAACAAUCCACUGAGAGGGUCAAACAGGGUCACCUGACCAAAUUGGACAAAAGAGAGAGAAAGACUGGAGGUUAUUCAUUCUUUCUCACGCACUCAAGUCGAGGUGUAACUUAACCGCAGCCAAAAACAGGAAGUCAAGCGGGGGCGUUUAAACAAGAAACAUAUAAAGGCUAGUUUGAGAAUGUAAGAGUUUCCCUUUGCAGGCCACAGGAUAUAGUUUAAGACAAUACCUCCUGGACCUUUCUCAACUACCUGCACUCAACCCCCCCCCCCCUCCCACUCUGUGAAUGCAGAUAUCCAACAACCUGUAGUGUAUGUAUAUAGGUGUGCAUCAGUGUGCAUAUGAGAUUAUUUAUUGGUGUUAUCACUGAGUGAGAACAUAACGUUGUGCUACAGUUCUGUCUGCCCUUGUGUGUGAAUAUAUGUUUGCAAAUAGCCAUUAAAGACAGCACAGGAACAUCAGCAUUUAGUGAAUUAAAACAACAUUUAAAAAACUACCUUUAAGUAGUCAACACUGGUCAAAUACUGUAAGCUCGACUGUUGAAUCAUCUGUACAUAUCAGUGUGACAGAAUAAGGUGCUCUGGCUAAGCUGCUCUAUCUGUCAUCCCCUCAUAAGGACUCAGGCUGACAGUAGCGCCCAACAAGGGAGGAUCUCUGAGGGAAACAUGGAGGCAACCAUCCGUCCUCAUGUUCCCUCAAAUGGCUGACUUUACAGAAAGAGCCCAACCUUGAACCUAAGUCCAGAACCAGGCAGGGGCGUCCAGCGCUGAUAAGAGCCACACCCUCUCUCUUUUCCACCUGCAACAACGUGUGAAUGUCCUGCCUCAGGCGUCAGCCCGUCACCAUCCCCAUGGACACCGUCAAGAUCAUCCAGUCGGAGAAGUUCCCCAGAGAGUGCCCUGUGCCCGUCACCCAGCCGCGCUAUGCCCCGCCCCCCAGAGUGGCGUGGGACGGUGGAGGUGAAGGUGAAAUUAUUGUCAACCAGGCCUGCAGCGACCUGAACCUGGACAUAACGGGCUCUCCCCGGCCUAUGGUGUCAUCCCCGGCCCCCGUGACGCGCAGGGAGCAGAGCUUCCUGGCGCAGCGCAAAACCAGUGCCAACGAGAUCUGCUACCACCAGUUCCACUACAAGAUGGAAGACGUCAUAGUCAACCAGUACGUGCUACGCUCCUCUUCCACCUCCUCCUCCACGUCCUCCUCAUCCUCGUCGGGGCCGGUCAUGCCUUGCGAGCCCCUGGACUGCCCCACCUGCGGCCACACCUACAACUUCGCCGGAAAGCGUCCGCGCAUCCUCUCUUGCCUGCACUCAGUGUGUGAGGAGUGCCUGCAGAUCCUCUACGAGUCCUGUCCCAAGUACAAGUUCAUCUCCUGCCCCACGUGCCGGCGCGAGACAGUGCUGUUCACUGACUAUGGCCUGGCUGCUCUGGCCAUCAACACCAGCAUCCUGAGCCGCUUGCCCUCGGACCCAAACGGGCCCGUGCAGUGGGGCGGGGAGGCAGACCGCAGCUGCUACCAGACUGUGCGCCAAUACUGCCAGUCAGCCUGCACCUGCCAGAUCGCCAACCCCUUGUCCUCCUGUGGCAUCAUGUAGACAAGGGGGGACACUGCAGGCAUGACUCGAUGCUGCUCCUCCACCAUUCUU